CAGGAUUGUUUAAUUGUUCUUCCAACUGGCUACGGGAAGUCGUUGAUCUACCAAAUGCUACCAUCACUGUUUGAUAAAAUUAGUGCGAGGAACCUUUCAUCGAAGGACAAGUCAAUUGCCAUUGUUGUUCCUCCUUUGAAUGCUGUAAUUGAUGACCAAAUAAAUAAACUUAAAUCAGCUGGUGUCAAUUGUACAAGUUUGCGUGUUUGUGGUGACGGGGUCGAUGGCGCAUUUGAAGAGAAAAUUCUCGAAGACCUUCAAGCUGGAAAGUUUGAAUUAAUUUUUACACACUCCGAGGUAGCAGUAAGCAACAGGCAAUGUAGAGACCUUUUUUUGUCGGCUUACUACCAGAAAAAUGUUAGGGCUGUGGUGGUUGAUGAAGCACAUUGCAUCAUUGAGUGGUAAAUUAUGAUUAUCAUUACUUUUUGUUGUUGUUUUUCUCUGUUUGAUCAUAUUGUUAAUACUUUUAAGGUUAUAAGCUUCCUUUAUGUUAGGGCUAAAAAUGGCCCCUACACCUAUUGUUAAGUUCCUGUUUCCUAGACUCAAAUUUUUGGGUUACAUGAUCACUUUUGUCACCUCACACCUGAAAGGAUUUAACAUAAAGUUUGUUUUGUAGUCAGUCAACCUUACUUGCUGCUUUAUGAAGAUUUCACAAAGUUUAUGAAUUCAAUGUUCUCACACCAGGAUCCAGACUCCAAAAUUUGAACUAUACAAUGAAACUCAAAGUUUACUACAUGUAUUUACUUUGCAAGGACACAAUGAGCUGUUUCUAUUCUUAUCAUUGCGGUAAUGAUAUUUAUUGCCUUAUGCAAUGUACAUGCUAGAUCAACUAAAUAAAAAGGUUUUAUUAUGUCCAAAAGCAGCUAUCUUGGUAUUUCAAUUGCUUGUGAUGGGUGCCUUGAUCAGAUCACCAAAAAACUAAUAGUCAUAGACCUGUUAUGCUUGUAGACUUUGUUUUCUCAAUGUGUAAAAUUUUGAUGCUCUCAAGAGGUAUCAUGUGAUGUGUUUUCUUAAAUUUAAUGCACAUCUUUAAAAUUUGAAAGAAACAGUUCUGUUCUCCAAGUGUUAUGAGGAUCAGAAUUAUUUUUAGUUUAUCCGUCAUGCAAUUCCAGACUUUUCUAGAAUUAUCUUAUAAUCUGUAAUAUUCCAGAAAUAUCUGUAAUGUGACUCAGCAGUUUCCACAAAUAGUAGAUGUUGUAAUACACUAUAAAUAGCAACCGAACGUUCUAGAUGCUAAGAGAAAAGUAUAAAAGCAGGCUUCCAAGUAACAGAUGUCUGUGUGUGUGUGUGAGUGCCCGAGGGCUUUCCCUCGUGGCUAGCUGUGAUUGAACUUAUCAGCUAUAGAUGCUAUGCUGUGAGAAAGCUAUAAUCAUGCAACUGCGAUAACUAUGGAGGAGCUAUAACCUUUGAAGAAAGAGGCGAUAGCAGAAAAGAGAAGAAGAUAAAAUAGUUCAUGAUGAAGUUCCCCGUACGAGUUUGUGAAUACGGAAAAGCCAAUGAGUGGAAAGGAUCCAGUGAAUCAAGAAAGUCAAGCAUUUUUGUCUCAAGUCAGUGGAACUGAGAGUUGUUCCUGUAUGGCCAUGAAAGACAGUAAGCCUGCCUGCUUUACGAACUGCUUAACUUAAUCUUUAACCUAAGUAACUAUAACAGUGUAUAACUAAAUAAACAAUAGUUAAAAAGGGGUAACUGCUCGUUGUCACACUUUUCUUGCGUGCCUUAUAUCGUACUCGGGAGUUCUUUUCACUUAUGCCUCGUUCGCGGACAUCUCUUGGUUAUUCCGGCACGUAACACAAGUAUGAUCAAAUGACUUAUAUUAAGGCAACAAAGCACACAAGCAAAAGAAGUCUUUACAAGGUACAAAUGACUGUUUGGGUUCAUUUAAGUAGCAACUCGAUACUUAUCUUCACCAUUUGUUUUCCAGUGCAUAUCUUUGGCCAGUUCAAAUUGAGUGUCAUUCAUUUUUAGUGCAACUGUGUGUCCUCCUUUCACACUAGUAUGAGUCUCUAACUUCCCUAAGUAUUCCAUCACCACGUUGUUUAACAGCGACAGUGAAUGGUUGAAACACAGUAUACCGUAAUCUAACCGUAAAUUAAUGACCCAAGUCCAUCACAGAAAUCUGGUGGGAAAUUAAAGUAAAAAUUAUGUUCAAAACAAUACGACUGGGAAUUCUAAAAUAAUUUGUUGUCCAAAACUUUAAAAAAUAUGUCACUCUUAGAGGCGCUAAAUUCCUGGAUGGUGCCAUUUUGCUGACCUUGAGCAGCUUGCAUUAAUAUUUUGCAUGAAUGUUAUGUGAUAAAUAUUAUUUUAUUAAUGUUAAGCAGGCUAAACAAAAUAUUUUCAGUUACAUCACAUAAUAAUAACAGAAAAGUGAAUCUUGAACCUUUAAGCCCCAAUAAUGACCUCCAAUCAAGCAGAGGCCAAGAGAUUACCAGUGGCUAAGAUUCUUGAUAUUUCAGCAACCUCUGUAUAGUGCAACUGGGAAAAAUGUACACCUAAGAGCAGUUAAGGGAAAUUUCAUCACUGGGGCUUAAGGGGUGAAAAGCUAAUAUAACUACAUGGCCGUACUGUUACUAAUAACAAAGUUAUUGCAGCCUUUUUCUUCUUAAUUCGACCCUACUAUAACGGCUUAGUUACUUGAAAGUCCCCUUUCAUGUAGUAAUUAUUAUCCGUAAUUCUUGUGGCCAAAUUCUUUCACCCAUAGCAGAUGAACUCAUUAUUGUCAAUAUUAAAAUGCCUGUCACUAUUAUUUACUCAUCAUUAGAAAUGUAUGGAGUUGGGUAUGCCUUUUUGGAGAGAAAGCUUGGGGAUCACCAGUUCGACCUUAUUGGGGCUCCCCAAAUUCCUCAAAACAGGCUUUUUGCUCAUUAUUUCACUCGCCACAGACAGACAAAAUGAAACAUGAACUUAUUAGCAGCAUUGUUUCAGAGUCAUGCAAACAGAGAGUAAUAUUUGCUACAGUGGCAUUUGGCAUGGGGGUCGACUCUCCUUGUGUUGAAAGGAUAAUUCAUUUUGGUGUGCCACAAACUAUAGAGAGUUUUUUUUCAAGAAAGAGGGAGAGCUGGAAGAGAUGGGAGGCCUGCCACAUCAACUCUUUCAACAACAAUGAUAUUGGUGCAAAUGUUGAAGGAAUGCAACUGUUAUGAGAGAUUACGGUAAAAAUCCUCAAAAUGUCUGCAAAGGAAAAAUUGUGCUUAGCCACUUUGGUUUUGACAUUCCAAGUCCUUGAGACAAACACAGCUGCUGUAACAUAUGUCGAACUGACUGUGAGUGCUCUGAAUGUGUUGAGCUACAUCAAGAUGUUUUGGCCCUUGAAAACAUUCACAUCCUUGAUAAUGAAUUUCUUCUUUCUGGAAAACAGGUGAAAGAUAUAAAAUCAGAGCUCAUAAAAUACAAAAAAGAAACUGUUUGAAUUUAAGUAUGUGUUCAGGAUUAACAAUGACAGUAAUCGAUGAUGUUUGUUCAACACUUCAAGAACUCUGUUCUCUUGACAGAAUUAUGGAAAAACUACCGGUUUGGAGAAAAGAACAUGCAGAAAAGAUUGUACAGAUUAUAAGUAAUGUCACAUCCAAAUAGGCUUAAAAUCCUCCGUAAGAAAAUCUGCAAAACAUUAGGUACCAUAAAUAAUUCUGAUAAUAUUUUGUUGUGAUAAUUUAACUGAGGGAGCCCAUUCCUUAUAAGCCAAGUGGCUUCCCUUGGGCUUCCUCAUCAUUAGCUUUAAAUACUUAAAUUUUCUUGUUUUUUGUACAUCCUAAAACUAUAAAUUGAACUGAAGUGAAUUCCAUUUUAAAGUUCCUCAUUUUUAACACAGUCAGGGCUUCUGAUAUUUCGCGGAAAAAAAAGCAAAAUUUCGCGGGAUUUUCAGGGGCAAAUUCGCGGAAAAAUCGGCCGAUUUCGCGGGAUUUUCGCGGAAAAAAGUCAAUAUUCGCGGAAAAAUCGGCCGAUUUUGCAGAAUUUUCGCGGGAGAAAAGUCAAAUUUCGCAGAAAAACCGGCUGAUUUCGCGGGAUUUUAGCGGAAAAAGUCAAAUUUCGAAGGAUUUUCAGGGGCAAAUUCUUAGAAAAAUCGGCCGAUUUCACGGGAAAUUUCGUGGGGGGAAACUUCGCCAAGAAACAAUCAGUAAAAAACGGCCGAUUUCGCUGGAUUUUUUUCGGUAAAUUUCGCUAAAAUCGAUCAAUUUUCCGUCGAUAUGACCAGCGUUGUUUAACGUUGUUUUAACAGGGAUAAUCAUUUGCCCUUUCAACAACAGUUCGCUCGAGAAAUGAGCGAAUGCUAAAGCUAUUAACAUUAUAGUUAGCGCCCAGUUUUUCGCAACAUUAAUCUAAGAACGCCUGGUAGUUUGGGGACGUUGUUUACUCGUUGCAGUGACGAAGUUUCAAGAUAAAUUUGGACGUUUGGGGUGAUUAAAACAGGUCUAAUAGCCAAGAUAAGUAUUAAAUAUCUCUUGCCGACAUGUAUUUGGAAAUAUUUCUGGGUAAUUUCGCGGUAUUUCGCGUUUUUUGGGGAAUUUCGCGGGAUUUCGCGGAAAUACCUGAAUUUCGCGGGUCUGCGACCGCGCGAAAUAUCAGAAGCCCUGCACAGUAGAUGAGGAAAUAACUCUACUUUUGUUAUAACAUGUGUACUUUACUUACUCAUCUGCAUGAGACGAUUCAGAUUCUUCAUUUUCAGGAACUACAGAUUGACCUCUUGCAAGCUGUCUUGUGAUUUUCAAGCCAACGCAAGAAUUCACCCAAGUCAAUCUUCUCUCUUACACUCUUCAGCAUAUCAGGGAAUGAAGGAUGAGGCUCAUGCAUUGGGUUGCAUUUGAAUGGCCUUAUAGCAACCUCAGAUCCCCCAGCAUAAUGCUUUCAUCUCUAUCAGCACUUUUUUAGUGUGAGCAGUUGACGGUGGCUUGACAUUUGGACUCUCAUCAAAGGCAUGCAGGGAUUCACUGACUUCAGUGACUGCCAUUGAGCUACGAAGCACAGCUAGCCUUCUCAGUUUUAUUUGCCCCCAUUGAAGUUAUCAGAUUUCUUGUGCUCUUGAUGGUAUGCUCCAUUUCUAAAUAAUUUGGCAUGUUGACUCCAAUUAUUAUUGCCCCUUUCUUGUUGGUCCUUCUUCCCCAAAUAACACGUUCGGACACCUGGUGGGUCAGCAUCCACUUUACUGAAGUUAGGAGGUACAUUCCUUCAGUUGCAUACUUUGACAAUUUGUUAUUGGCUUUGAAAACCCACAAAAGGUAUUUCCAAUUAAUAACAUUUCUAUCUCCAUCACCUUCAUGAAUUGUGUCAUUCAGUUGCAUAAGAAGUAUGAACAGUUCAAUCAAAGAGAGGCCAUAAUUCUGGACUUUGCCAUCGACUGUCACACCCAAGUGGAAAACAUGGUAGUCAACAAACUUCCCAAGCACCUUAUCAAAGUGUUCCUUCUUUGCCUCCAAGCUUACAUUUUGUUCAGGCAAAUUUUUUGUAGGCUCAAUUUCAGUGUUUUCCUCACCAAAGAAUUCUAGGAAAGCUUCCACUAAGUAAGCCCUUCCAACUGACACAAAGAACUCCUCAUAUGCAUCAGGGUUGUUUUUGACAGUUGUUGGAACAUUGUAGCACACAAUACGCUCUCUAAAAUACUUCAGUGUACCAAUUUCACGUGUUGAAUUCUGGUUCAUCAGGACAUCAUUAAUGAGCUGAAAAUAAAUACAAAACAAUAAUAAUUAUUGUUAUGCAAAUUACGUAUUUUAUUUUGCCAAGUAGAAUCCAAACUCGACAAUUGAAAAGUGGGCUAUGAAAUGUCCCUCAGCCUUUUUAUUAGACUGCAAAACAGUCCAUAUUUUUGCGUAUUCAAGUACGCGCGAGCAGUCAAACAAAAGUCUACCUUUUUAUUCAAUGUGUUAAGAACUGUUUUGUAUAAAAGAGCUUUUGAUUAAACUCUGCUUUGUUUUACAUAUAUUUAUAUGAAGAAGAGAUGAUUAUUACUAUCAUUACAAUAUAGAUAUGGUAUUAGGAAACUUAAAGAAUUCAACUAUCUUUUCUGAUCAAGUGUGUCAUAGGCAGCCAGAUUUAAUAAAUGCAGUUUGUACUUUUAUGCUCAACAGUUGUUGAACAGAAAAGGACUAGGUUAAUUAUAAAAAUCGAAAUAAUAGUAUGUAACUCUUGCAGUCACCAUAAUUAUAUAUUACAGAUGUUGCAUAGCUGUACUUACAGUUAAGAAUGCUUGCUUUGUAUGAAAGAGCUCUAUAACAUCAGCCUGAGAAUGUUCCAGUCGGUCCUUAGAAGUGUGAGCUCCAGCCCUUAGUUUACGCCCAUACGUAAAAUGCACUCUUGUCAACUGAUCACCACCAGAUGAACAGUUAAAGUCAGCUGGGAUGUAGGUUUCUUGUUCAGGACCUUCAUUAUCUGUAGCUGCUUCAAAUAUUGUUUCAAAUGUGGCAGAUGUCUACAACAUCUGCAUAUUUUUUUUUUUCAUCUUUGAAUUGAAUUGGCAGUGGAAACACUUCUGACUUCGAGCCCAUUUCAUUGGUGUACCUGUGCAGAUUAAAAAAUGUGCUGUGGUACCAGCUUCUUAACUGCUGCAAAUUGAGGUUGUUUGAAGAAUUCUAAAAAGAUUCUCCCCACAAGAACUUUGAAAUCUGACUGAAGUUUCUUGACUUCCUCUGAGGUAAGGAGGUAACUCUCAUUAGAAAAAUUCUGAAUGUCAACAAGUGGCCUACAUUGUCCAAGUGGCUGAAAUCAAUCCUCUCAAAAACAACAAUGCUUGCAAACCAGUUGUGCUGCUUUUUCCUGUGAUCUACCCUCAUGUUCUUCACUGUUGUUUUGCAGUUAAAAUUGUCAUUAACAGUGUAGAAUUUCUUUCCAGCUUUGACCAGUUCAACAAUUUUGUCAUGAAAGUGUCCUCCCAUGAGGUCCAGUAGAUUGAUCAUAGAGUAAUGUGUGACAAGCACACCCCUUGCUUUUCUAAACGUCCAUAUGUCUGAAAUAAUAAUAAAAAAACAAACAAUUUAAAAUGAUAGUCAUCAUCAAAUUAAAGAAAAUCCUAAAAGAACCCCGGGGGAGGUACUUCCAUAUAACAGGCUAAUGGGGAUGUGCUGCUGGAUGGGGUUGCGUUUUCACGACUGGAUUGACUAUAAUGGGCUCGCAUUUUCAACAGAUUUACUAGAAUGGGGUCGCACAUUUUCUGCUUAUCUGUACAAAGAGCACUAAUGUAUGUAUAACAUUGUGGUCUGUGUUUUUUCAAUUAGUUUAUUAUGACACACACCCAAAAGAUCACAGUGCCUGGUGCAAAAAUUAAGAAGGUGCAUCUCUAACUGCCAUACACGUCUAUAGCAUAUCAAAUUAUAGAAUUCACAUGCAAUGAGCAGGAAGAAGUAAAAAUGGUACAAUUUUUGAGAAGAUGUACGUAAUUGCCAGUAUGCAUACAUUUUCUUUUUAUCGCAAGAAAGAAAGGAAAGAUAAAUAAUUACAAAAACAGCUUGCAGUAAGGGACUAUCAUUAUUUAGAGGUAUAGCCAGGCUGCUGCAAAUAGACCUAUUGAGCUAA